AGGAGGUUUCUGCGCGUCUCGGAGCGGACGGCUCUCAAAUUCCAGGACAAGUUGUAAGGACGGGACACGGACGACGACACGGGGAUGGUAUGAAGAGACAGAGCCCAUAUUGCGUUGGAUGAGAGCCAGCUGUGUCAGAUGCUGACACAAAGAGUUGAAAGCUGUCCUGAGAGCUGUGAUGGGACACAGUAAGGGUGUGGACAUGAUAAGAAAUCUCUGCCAUUCUCCUUUUCAUCCACAAUACCAACACUAGACUGCAGAGAAGUCUUGCAAUCAAUGUGAGCUGUGUUGCGGAGGCAGCCGCCAGCCAACCCAUGGAGUAUGCAUAUUUCCAACACUGCUGCCACUGGUAAUGCCAGCCAAGUGAACAGCGAUGCCUUCUAAGGUUUCCUGCUUAUACUUGCUGACAGUGGUUUGCUGGGCCAGCGCUCUGUGGUACCUGAGUGUUUCCCGCCCUUCUACUUCCUACGUCGGCCAGGUCAACAUCCCAGUACGCAAGACGCUCAAGUCGAACAAGAACGCCACCUUCGGCAACAUCCGCACACGCUCGCUCAACCCACACGACUUCGGCUACCUCAUCAACGAGGACAAGAAGUGUGAGGCAGAACCUCCAUUCCUUGUCAUUCUGAUCAGCACCACUCACAAGGAAUUCGAUGCCCGUCAGGCCAUCAGAGAGACAUGGGGUGAUGAGAGCACGUUUCAGGAUGUGCGCGUGGUCACACUUUUCCUGUUAGGUCGCAGCAUUGAUGCCGUCCUCAACCAGAUGGUGGAGCAGGAGAGUCAGAUCUUUCAUGACAUUGUGGUUGAGGACUUUAUUGACUCGUACCACAACCUGACACUUAAGACUCUGAUGGGCAUGCGCUGGGUGGCCACCUUCUGCUCUAAAGCUCAAUAUGUCCUCAAGACAGACAGUGAUAUCUUUGUCAACAUGGAGAACCUCAUCUACAGCCUCCUGAAGCCCACCACAAAGCCCAGGAGGAGGUACUUCACUGGCUAUGUCAUUAAUGGUGGGCCAAUCAGAGACAUGCGCAGCAAGUGGUACAUGCCCCGGGAUCUGUACCCGGAGAGCAAAUACCCUCCGUUCUGCUCUGGCACGGGCUACGUUUUUUCAGCGGACGUGGCUGACCUCAUAUACAAAACCUCCUUACACACCAGGCUGCUGCAUUUGGAGGACGUGUACGUUGGCGUGUGCCUCCGGAAGCUAGGCAUUCACCCUUUCCAGAACAGUGGCUUCAACCACUGGAAGAUGGCCUACAGUCUGUGUCGCUACCGCCGCAUAGUCACCGUCCACCAGAUCUCCCCUGAGGAGAUGCACCGCAUCUGGAACGACAUGACCAGCAAGAAACACCUUAAAUGUUAGCAGGACUGUUGGCGCCAGAGAGAGGGUCAGUGUGGAGUUGAAUCCCUUUUUACCACUUGCUUCUCUGUUACUGGUAUUGGCAAAUACUUAAUAGCAACAACGAAGCUGCCAGUUCCUUAACCAUGAAGCGCUACAGUACAAGGCCCAAGCAAAGCCCUCUGUAUUUUCUUGCCUGCUGUUGUUUCAAGCUGUUUGAGUGCUCAUAAAUUAGGCACAAACUUGGAAAAAUGAUUUGCAGAAAUGUGCAAAACAAUCAGGUGGUUGGCUGUCUUUGCCAGCGUGAUUUUUUUUACAAAACAUUACAAACUAAGAAGCUGAGAAGCUUGCGUUAAACUCCCGAUUUACAGGUUACACAAACUGUCCCAAAACGACCAAGUGCAGAUGAAAUAAAUGCCGACAUGCUUGUUUGAACCCCGACGCUCUCUUCUUGGGUUCAUCGCAAGCUCUAAUUAUGAAUGUUCCUCAUGUAUUUUCAGCUGUUGUAAUUUUUCUUAAUAAGGUGUUAAUGUUGGAUGUACUGUCUGGCGCCACAGCAGCCGUGUCAUCAUGAGGACCUCGGUGAGUUUACAGUGUGAUGAUUCAUUUAGAUCAUAUUGCUGUCGCUCUAGUAAAGCAGAUUAGGGGUAUUAAUAAUUGGAGUGUGUAAUACGCUUUACAGAAUUAGACAUAUUUUCUUACAACAUAUAAAAAGAUCUUAUUGUACGACGAGGAAAAAUUCCUUGAUAAAGCAACCGAACAGAGAGAAGAUAUUGGCUGCGUGCAUUCCCAAGUGAAUGUAACUUUUGUUGAUGUGUAAUGUGCAGUUAUUUGUCUCUGGCAGUCCUGUGAGCAGGCUGCAACCAUUCUAUUUUCUAUUACUUGAACAUGAAGGAGAGCAGAUGUACUAUACGAGAGUAGAAGUGUAUAUUGAGAACAAAUAUUACAUUUUUGAUUGCUUUCUUCUUUUCCAUUACUUGAGAUUAAAUAAAGGCUUUUAUAAGA